UCGGUUCGAAGGGAGAUUAGUACGAGAUCAGGUGUGAUCGAUCAAGGAAGAACCGCGUGUUAAACCGCUCACAGUUGACUCGCGGAUAUUCUUUGCGGUACGAAAUAUUCUGUCGAUCAAAAAAUAUGAAAUCUUUUUACCUCAAUAUGCGGUGGUAAAUAAUGAUACGACAAAUUGUAAUCGAGCUGUAAACUAAUCCAAAUAAUUUACGUUAAUAACUGUGAAAUUUAAAGAAGAGAAAAAUGUGAGAAGGCCAUUGGAAUACGUCAGUCGUCAUCAAAUUGUAAAGUGCGCGAAUUUAAUUUAUUGGAACGUAUGUGCCGUCGUCCGAGUAAGAUCGGAAUUGUCGACCGUAGCCGAGAUCGAUGAUUUUUUACAAGAUGGAACUCUAUCAAAAUCGCGAGAAAAUGAACGAUGCCAUUUACGAUCUUCGUCGGACGCGAUCGCUGCCGAGCGAGAACGAAGCCUUUUCAAACAACAUCGAGAGAGGCUGCAUGUCACCGACCGCCAAUAGAGAGUCUAUCGAGUAUACAUCCGAUUCGAGCUGCGAGGGUUACAGGGAAUAUCAGAAACAACAGACCGAGAGAAGAAAUUCAUCCCCGAUCGCGGCGUCUAGUGCUUUCACCAUCGACAGCAUCCUUGGGAGAAAUGAGAAGAGAGAAAUCUCAAGAAUAAACAAUUCCGGCGAUAAGGAGGAAGAUCAGGACGAGACGGAGGACAGGAUAGAGGGUCAUUUCGUCAAGCCGACAGCGAUACCAGCCACACGUACUGAUAUAGAAGGGAGUUUGUAUACUCAUGCGGGACUGCCAUACUCCGAAGGUGCGCUACCCGAUUCCUCGGCAUAUUCUGCAACAUCACUCGCAUCAGCCUCAUUACUGUACAGUAGCUGGUUUGCUCAAACAAAGCCUGGACAGCUGUUUGGUUUACAAGCACCCAAACCGAGUGGCAGGAGGUCGAGAAAACCGGGUAUCGAUCGGAAACCACGUCAAGCUUACAGUGCAAAACAACUGGAAAGACUUGAGGCCGAGUUCAAGAUCGACAAAUAUCUUAGCGUGAGCAAGCGGAUGGAGCUGUCCAAGUGCUUGAAUCUCACCGAGGUGCAGAUCAAGACGUGGUUCCAGAAUCGCCGCACAAAGUGGAAGAAGCAGCUCACGUCCAGGCUGAAGAUCGCGCAGCGGCAGGGACUCUUUCCACCGACGUACUUUCCGACCACCCAGUAUCCCCUUCUUCCGUACUACGCGGCGCCUUUGAUGUUCGGUGCCCCUUUGUCGGACGACGCGAAUUCUAGCUUGCCGACCCGACCCGCCGUAUCGUCUUCUGAUACGGUCUGACGCAGUGCAGACUCGAACUACUUGGUCGAUCGUCGGCCGGGCGACCGCGAAGUGCAAUAAGACCUUCCGUUGGCCAUUGCGAAGUCCUCGGGAUUGCUUCCCCCUUUCUCUUUUCUUUUUUUUUUACAUUAUCUACGGAUAUUUUUAUUCUAUGUUAAUUUAAAUACCAUUGAUAUAAUAAGAAUCUAUUCCGUAAAAGUGCGCGAAUAUUGCAAAGCGACUUCUUUCAAUUAUGAUGCGUCUUUGAAAUCUCUCGAUAUCAUUGAGACUGUGUUGUAUAUAAAAUUUAAUUAUAUAGUUAUGUUACAAAUGUUUCGUGUAAAAGUCUCAUGCUAAAUAGAUAUGCUGUGAAUUGAUUCAUGACACUUUCUAGCGGCAGCGAAGUAAGAUUGUAUUCAAGAAACACAGUCGCAUGGACGAUUUCUUCAAAUUAUCAAUUAAUUUUCUAGACCAAUUAUUUCUGUUGUACAUAAAAUGCGAUAAUUGUAGAUUUAUAUUUAUGUAACGCCUACGGGGAUCGUAUAAAAAAAUAGACGACUGAAUUUACUCGUGACGUUUCCUUUCAGUAAUCGAACGAGAUUGCAUUCCGAUGAUAUUCACGUAGAAGAUAUACGGGACAGUAACUUCACGU